AUGUAUGUAACAAGGCCUAAAUCUUUCUUCAAGAACUCUCCGGACUCCCUUUCAUCACUUCCUGAAGGGCCACAUUCAGGUUUCCUAGUAAUUCAAGAUAGAAAGGUUGAAACUUGCUGUUUUGGAUUGUGUUCAUUUGAUAAUGACCGUGCAAGGGACCUGCCUUUUCCGCAGAAUUAUAGUCUAACCAUUAAGACUAUAGUGAGAGUAGUAACCUACUCAAAUGGUGACAGAUAUUACAGAAAUGUGUACGAUCAUCUUAUGUUCAUCCCAGUUCUUAACCAGCCGCUUUCUUCAAAUCUCUACUAUGUCAUAUCUCGGGAUGAACCUUUUUCAGGGGAAGCUUUAACUUGCUCAAAGGAAUUAAGCUGCAAUAACACAUGCUGUAUCGAAGAUGUAAGACCAAGGCCACUGGAUCCAAGCAGCGUUUAUCAACAGUUCAAAAUUGUUAAAAGAUCUGGUCGUUAUUUUGCCGGAUUAUCUACUGUGGAUGGUGGUUUUCCUCCUGAACCAUUGAGGAGGAUUAACGAAGUUGGCUGGAAAGCUCGCCUUUCGACAGAAUUUAUGUUAGAUGAAGCUCCAGGCCUUGAUAAAGCUCUUCGAGCCUGCAUGCCACGAUUCGAUUUCCCCCUGAAAUGUGAGGAAUCUCAAACUCUUGUUGUUGGGAAGUGGUACUGUCCUUUCAUGUUUGUUAGAGAAGGCACCAUUAUGCGGAGAUAUCAGAUGUCGAAUUCAAUGUUUUACGUGAUGACAUUGGAGCAACAGUGGAAGAAGAUUUUCUCUUGCUCUAACUCUAACAAAGAAGAUAAUGAAGGAAAACAGUUAACUGUGGAUGUUGUUCUUGAAAACGAAGCUGUCUAUGUUGGUGGUUUUAAGGCUGAAUGGGACGAGGGAAUUGUAGAUGAGGGGGCAAUAUGGUUCCGAUUUUCUGAUGGAGGAGGAGCCAAAAGAAGGGUUGGUUUGAGUCCAGAAAUUGUGGAAAGAAUGAAAUGGGAGCAAGAAAGAGAAGGAUGGAGAAGUGGGAAGAAUAGACAGGUGAGGAUCACAAGGGCACAGGAGUUCAAGAAAAGUGAUGAAUGGAGAGAAUUUGGCCUCUAUGUUUUGGUUGAAAGGUUUGUUUUGAGGAGAAUGGAUGGGACUUUGGUAAUGGAAUAUCAUUUCUUGCAUGACGAUCAAAUUAAGAGCAAAUGGGAAUAA